GAAAUGAUGAGUGUUUUGUUUUUCUGUCUGUCGUGUGCCUAGCUAGCUAGGCGAACACUUUUGUUGUCAGAAAGGUGUGACUUUGUGAAAUAACUAUUUGGGAGCAAAUAAACAACCUACCGUGCAGAUGGCGGACCCUGCGGUGAUGGCGGGUGGAUUCAGUGCUAUAGUAGGGCGUUCAGGGUGUGGUAAGGCGACGUCCAGCCCGGCAGAGAAUUACCAGCUUGCCCGGCGUCGCACCCUCCAAGUGGUGGUGAGCUCUCUGCUGACAGAGUGUGGGUUCGAGAGCGCAGAGAAGGCCACCGUGGAAUCACUGACUGAGAUGAUCCAGAGCUACAUAUCUGAAGUAGGUCGUUGUGCCAAGGCAUACUGUGAACACACAGCUCGAAUCACGCCCACCCUCUCUGACGCUGUGGUCACACUCAAUGAAAUGGGUUUCAAUGUGGACACUCUGCCAGGGUAUGCCAAGAGAUCACAGAGGAUGGUUAUAACUGCUCCUCCAGUGACGAAUGCUCCUGUGAUCCCAAAGGCCUUGAUUGCUGGACAGAAACGCACUCAUCCCUCCCACAUCCCCAGCCACUUCCCUGAGUUCCCCGAUCCUCACACUUACAUCAAAACUCCAACGUUUCGGGAGCCUGUGUCAGAUUACCAGGUGGUGCGAGAGAAGGCAGCUUCUCAGAGAAGGGAUGUAGAGCGAGCACUCACACGCUUCAUGGCCAAGACUGGAGAAACACAGAGCCUCUUCAAGGAUGAUGUCACUGCCUUCCCAUUGAUCGCAGAGCGGCCCAGCUCCAUCCCGUACCUCAGUGCCCUGCUGCCCUCAGAACUGGAGCUGCAGACUCUGGAGGAGACAGACUCCUCUGAACAGGACGACCAGACCGACAGCGAGAACACGCCAGUCAACAACCUCAAUGAUGAUCCUGGAGCUGAUAAGGAGAAUUCCGUGCUUCCUGCUGGGGGCGUGGUUCCCUUGGUGAAGGUCAGUGAAGAAAACAUGAUUGACAACCCAUACUUGAGGCCAGUCAAGAAACCCAAAGUGAGGAGGAAGAAAUGAGAGUUUACUACACUUAGCUACUAAUUUGGCCACAACGAAGAGUGAAUUGUAAGAAGCAGUCAACAGCUCUGUGCCUCUGAGAAGUGGACCCACGUGGACAUCUGGGGUCAGGGACUCCAACCUCUCAUCUAUCUACAUGGCAAAUACUGCUCAUUAUGAUACCCUUCACCAGUUACAUUCAUGAGAAAACAGACAUUUUGCAAUUUAAUAUUUUUCAAAUUUGUGGAAUGGUUCUGUCGUGAAAGAAAAUAUGUAACAUUUGCUAAAAUGUUAUUUAUUUUUUAGCCAUUUCCAAAUUAUGAUUUCAGUCGUUUGUGAAUAAUGAGCAGGAAAUAAAUGUUUUGAUUUGUAAUUUUAACAUUAAUUUACCCAAAUGACACAUUUUAGCCUGUCGCCAAAUAUACACUGAACAAAAAAAUAAACACAACAUGUUGGUCCCAUGUUUCAUGAUCUGAAA